AAGAAGAAGAAGAAGAUGACUCCGUAGUUUAUCCGAGUUUAUCUGGUUAACAGCGUCACGAACCAGUGACAGAAACAGAUCAUUAAAAUGUUUUGGUUUGUUGGCUCCAUUCCUGAUGCUAUUAAGUUGGCUAAACUGCGGAGUUCCGUCUUUGUCGUUGUCAUUACAGGGGGAGAUGAGCAGUCCGCACAGCUGAUGUCCAGCUGGGAGGAUGACAGAGUCUCAGAGGCAGCACACAACUGUUGUGUGGCUAUCAAAGUCAAUGACAAAAGUGAGCCAUGUGUGCAGUUCUCUCAGAUCUAUCCAGUGGUGUGCAUACCCUCAAGCUUCUUUAUUGGGGAGAAUGGGAUCCCUUUGGAGGUGAUCGCUGGCAGUGUGUCCGCUGAAGAACUGAUGAUAAGAAUCAACAGAGUAAAGCAGAUGCAUGCCCAGGAGAUGACAGGGGUAACAGAACUCCCAGAGGCCAGUGGUCCUGUGGAGACGAGCAUGUUCGAUGGCAAGCCUCCUGUCGCAGCUUCAGCUCUAGGAGCGCAGGUUAGGACGGGAGCAGCCUCACAACCUGCAGCAGCACGUGGGACUGCAGAAGGUGGGUAUGUCUGGAUAGCACUGUCAUUAAAGGUCACCUAUUAUGCA